AUGACGACGGAAGAGAUGUUGGCCGAGAUCCUAGCCAAGCUGGAGGAGGUGGAUGCUCUAUUGGGGAUCCGCGCUGGGCCACCGACUCCUUCAUCCCCUCCAUCGAUCCCCACCUACAUCGCCGUCAGCGGUGAGGACCAGGAGCGAGGACUUCGUGCAUCCGUGGGCUUCCCCAACAGCACGCAAUCAACGGCCUCCGCGAUGGACGCGGAUCCCGGCUUCCAGUCGAGCGUCACCGAGCUCCCUGACCCGCCCGCCUCCAUCGACGGCCACCUCGGCAUCCUCUUGGACGCCGACGGCGGGGGCGUCGACCGCCUCAGCCGCCUCCCCGACUCGCUCCUACGCGACAUCGCCUCUCGCCUCCCCAUCAAGGAAGCCACGCGCACGGCGCGCUUCUGCGGCCUCGUCCCCAAGUCGCUUGACAGGCUGCUGGAGCAGACCCGCCUGCAGCAGCAGGGUCACGCCCGCCUGCCGUGCCUCGCCUGCCCGCUCCUCACCCUCAGCAACGUCGGCAACUCGCCGGCCUCCACGCUCGUGCUCGCCAACAACGACAUCAGCCUCGCCAUACCCAUCGCCAGCUCAGACGACCGCGAGCGCGUCCUUUCCAUCACCAGCAGCAACCUGGCGACGGCCGCCUUGGCCUCUCCCACCCCUUCCGCAGCCCCUGCUCCUAGCCAGGACACGGCUCUUGACUCCCAGAUCGGCGUCACCAAGCUCCUGGUCAUGGCGCACACAAGGUGUUCGACACCAAGUCCCUACCAGGCCGCCGACAUUCCGGCAAUGGGCCUGAAUGCUAAUGUUAUGAAGCUUGCGACUGCGUCAUCUACACCUCUCAGGGCUUCAUCGACGUCUGUCCUACCAUUGGGAUCCAUCCUCAAUUUCCCUCAUACAAGCACUGAGCUCGGCAUGGUGGCAGCGGUCCCUGGUAAUGGCAUGUUGCUACGUCCUGCACCGUGGCCAUUAUUCAACCAAGAUUAUGCCAGAGUACAAACAGUUGCAGUGCUCAGUUUGUGGAUGGUGGAGCUUUGGCUUUUCACUGAGAUUCUAAUUGCAGGCAUGUCUAUGCUCUUGAAUGGGGGAUUUUAUUUACUCACAUACUUUUGGAUGAAGUACCAGAUAAGUUUCCCUGAUCUAUCUCCAUCCCAAGAAAAGUACAGAGUUAUUUCUAGACUGUACAAUCCUAGUGCUCUUGCUGCUCUUAUGUUAGUCACAAGUUCUACCCAUCCUGUGCUUUACAAAUUGCUCUCUGGAAUCUCAUGGGAAUUUGAACCUUGGCCACCAUACAUUCAAAGAUUCUGCAUGCACUUGGUUAGCAGUUACGCUUUUCAGCUAGAGGGGAACUAUGCACAACUUGAUUUGAGUGAGGGCAACUUAACUCAUGGGCACUGCAAUUUGCUGACAUACGCUAUUGGUUGUAUGGUGCUUGCAACUAAGAUGGCGUGUGGAGGUAUUAAAAGUGGAUGGUUAAUAGCACAGAAAGUCGACCAAUCACUCAUGGUGCGUCAAGUGUUGCAUCAGCUUGAGAUUUUUAUAGAGUUCAGUGAUUCUGUUGAUACAUAUUGGACUCCACAUGACAUCAAGUAUGCUGAAACUGUUACAAGGGUGCAAACACAGAGGAUAUGCUGGCAGCAGCAAGAGCUCAAAUUACUCGAGAUUCUGGAGAUAGUGGCAUACCACCUUCCAUGCAAAGGAAACAGAGCAGUUACUCAGGUUCUACUCAAGUGGGCUGGAUUACUAGUUGAAAUAUCCACCUGGGUCAAUAGGCGGCUGGCACGGAGCCACUUGAAGAUACAGCGCUCGUGGAAGCCGUGCGCGCACGGCAUCGUCCUCAGCGCUUCGCCGGCCUCGUACUCGUCGAGGCACACCCCGCACUCCCCGCUCUCCCUCGCCUCGCCCUCGCCCACCGUCGUCUCCGGUAGACAAGCUAUGGCCACGCUGGAUGCCUGGACGGCGCCGAGGACGAAACUGCCGUACUCGUCGUCGUCGUACGCUCCGGCGUCGCCGUGCCGCGGAUGGUCUCCCCUGUCACUGUCGUCGCGAGGCCCGAAGACGAAGACGAAGACGAAGACUUAG